GCUCUGACCGUAGCAGCGCGGCACCUCUCUUUCAGUUUGUCUAUAGAGGAUCCCCUUCAUAUGUGAACUCGACAUUGCAGGCCUUGACCGCAACCCGGCAGUUGAUGCUGAAAUCUUUUGAUUCGAUAAAGGGCACAUGCCAAGUACCAUAUUGUUCUACAUGGUGUCGUGGAGGACAACGAAGCGACCAUGAAUCAUUUUCCAACUUGAACAACGUUUCUUGCCUCGAACUCUCCACCCUCCAGGGGCAUUCUGGCCCUCAUAGCACUAGAGAGGGUUUAAGGCACCAGCCUCUUGGCCGGGUCAAGCGGAUUGAUAGGGGCAGUUUGCCACCCUUCCCGCACAAGGGAACAAUCCCAAUCUCUCGAACACGUACUAUGGUACUCGAAGUCGAUUCACAGUUGCCCUGCUCAGCGCCCUUUGGGCCAUGGCCCCAUCAUUGUCGACAGCCGGUUGAGAGAGGGACGACUGUGGGUAGAUGGGGCUGCCUCGUUCGAGUGAGCGCGUCGGCUCCCAACUCGCCACUGGACCAGGCUCUUGUCCUCCAGGUACCCAAGCAUGACCCCGAAGCCCAAGUGAAUAGUGCAGUUGGUCCGCUGCCUAAGCCGGCAUCGAAAUCAGCGCCGGUCUCACCCAGACAUAAGGCCCAAUCCUCACCACCACAAAAUUGUACGUCACCUAAUGCGCCGUCAGAGUCCAGCGGACUUCUCCGCCCAAAUGACGGAUCCAAGACAAAUGGGGCCAGUGAGUCUAUCACCAAGUCAACGACGCUACCUUCGUACGCCUCGACUUCAGCCUCCACAAGGUCGUGCGGCUGCGGAGCUAAGUCUUGGACAAAUCCUUUUCUGGAACGUCCACCAAAGCGACGUCGGGCCCUCCACGACGUAGACGGCCCUGGCACCGGACAUCUCGCCUGCAAGAAGCGGCGGAUACGGCUGGAUCUCAUCACGUCGCGGCUUUCGCAGCCCUACUCGCUCCCGGCCACGCACAUCCUGAAUCGGGAGUCUGGCGAAGACACGCCCGUGCUCUCGCGUUUCCUCAAGUACGCCGCCAUGGGUGCGAAAAGGGCCGGGCACCAGACAGCCCUCGUCCGCAAGGCGGCUAUAUUGAACCGAAUGAGGUUGAACGUGCGGCAGGCAGCUGUGAAUAGGGGACACGAGCGCAUCUGGAGGCUCGCGGGCACAGGGAUCCGGGACCAUGGUGUGCAGCUGGUGACGGGGAUCUCCGGCACGGGGGCCAUGUUCCCUGGAAGACCGGGCGCCUGGGAGGAAGUCAGUGUGCUUCCAGCAUGGAGGCCGCACACCCGCCAAACACAAGGACCCGGCGAAGCUGAAAGAAGUCUGCAAUAUCCCGGAACGCCGCCCAUCAUACCAAGCCCAUCGAUGACCGCAACCCGGCUCCCGCCGUCCCCUGCCCCCUUGUCCGUCAUCAGCGAAGAUGCGUCGACUAUGCGCCCGCCGCGCGCUCCCAGGCUUUCGCCUCUGCGCAGCCCAAUUUUGGCUCCCACAGCAUCUAUCAUGACGCCAAUGGCCAUGGCCGAUGAUGACGGCGAGGCCUUUGACGGACGCUAUGCCGAUAUGAGCGACGAUGAUAUGGAUGACGUCUACGCCGACUUUGAGACGUUGUUUGGCGGCGGCCAGGCUGGGGAUGUUGUGAGCCCGGAGCGAGGCGAUCAGGACGAUCACUUUUAUGAGGAGUACCUUGACGAGGUAGAUGGCAUUGCUUGGGCCACGUAGCAUCAUUGUGGGCAAUGAGGUGAGAUUUCCCACCGAUAUCCGAGCAGCAGCACGUUGGGCACUUACGGGGCCGGCGCUGGGUGGUGGACUU